UUGGGACACAAUAAUGCUUCCAUCACCUUAUUCUAUCUUCUGGUCAGUGAUAGGUGGUUGGCAAGUCUGUAGAUUGUCGCAAAAAAGGUGCGUUUUAUGCUAGGGUCCAGUAAUUCAACUGUUUGUGAAAGAUGUAAAGCUGGAAAUGUAGCUUUGUCUUCUAACUUUUUGUGCAUUGUGGAGCAUAGAGGAUCUUAUUGCCGGAUUUGGCUGCUAAAGAGUUCUUGAAUGUGUAUGCUAAAAAGAAAUGCUCACAUGGUCACACCAAUAAGAAAAUCUCCAAGUUUAGAGUUGCAUAUUUUCAGGGCUCACUCAUUGCCUAUAAGCAUGCCUGCCGUUGCUUGGUGAUGCAUAAUGUAUUGUUACCCUUUUCGUUUGUUGCCCUUUUUGUUGACAGAGUAAAUUGAAUUACUAAAGCAAGUUUUUGUAUGUUUGAUUGUGUGGUUUUUACCAGUGUCUGAGCAGAAUGUUAAUAUGGGAUUCAAGUGAGAUUAUGAGGAAGCACUGUCCUGAAUCCCUGACAUGUAGAAAUUUUGGCUGUCUGGGCCUGCUGUACUACAAGACCAGAACGCAAUUCAAGUCUAGUCCCUACAUCUGUUAAGCGUUAUAAAUGUAGGCCAUGACACUGGAAUAAGUCGUCACAGGUCCACAUAAGGACCACGGCUACAGUGUGAAACAGUGACUUUCCCCCCAGGGAAAAUGGAUGGGAAAACCCAACUAAACCCUGCGUGAUGCAUUGACGCCAACAACCAAGUCUUUGAAUGUCAUUUUCUUCAUCAUCUCUCAAGACUUUGUCAAAACUAGCUGUAAAUUACAUGUUUUAUUGCGCUUCUUUCGCUAAAUUUAUGCUUGCAGAGUCGAUUAGUCCACCUUUGAAAUUGUCUUGUUAGUUUGAUUUGGUGCUAAUUGCAGACUACAGGGAAAUGGAAGAUUUUUAGAUACUUAAUUAGGAGUUGAGUCAAAAAAUUGGUACUGUGAGUGCCGCAUUGUCAAAGGGUAUGGUCCCGGAGUUCAAAUUUUGUGGCUUUGUGUUUUUCAAUUUUCAAUCUUCUCUUCUGUUUCCAUUGGCUUCCGCCCCUUUAAUUUAAGGGCAAUCUUCUACUUGUCAUUGUCCAAAAACAAGUAAUAAAAAUAACUCUUUUUU